AUGGCCGCCGCGGUCGACGCGCUCGUGCAGCUCGCCGUCCUGGCCGCGCUGUGCUUCCUCCUGAUCCCACAACUCAACCUCCUCCUCCUCUCUCUAUCCACCCUGAUCCACCCAGCCACCCCAUACCUCUCCGCCACCGCCAUCGCGGGCGCCGCGGCGGCCCUGGAGGCGUGCGCCCUCUGUUGGGCCCUCCUGCAACGCCAAGCGCGCCGGUGUGGGAAGCCGCGCUGUCGGGGGCUCAGGAAGGCCGUGGAGUUCGACAUCCAGCUCGAGACGGAGGAGUGCGUGCGCGGCCGGACCAGCCUCGCCGCCUGUCCUGCCGCCUGGUGGUCGCUGUAA